GAGUGCAGGUCGCUUUAAGAAGGGAGUAGCUGUAAUCUGAAGCGUGCUGGGUUCUGGACUGGGAGGCGCAGGCUGGAGCCCCUCGGCAUGCAGACCUAGGCUGGCGAGCUGCUGCGGCACACCCACAGGGAAAGCAGCUCCUGGUCUGGCGCGAGUGUCAGGGCCCCAGGAUGCAGGCCCUCAUGCUACUCCUCUGGACUGGAGCCCUCCUCGGGCACAGCAGCAGCCAGGACCGUGCUGGCAGCCCACAGGAGGACUCCCCAGCUCCCGACACCACAGGGGUGCCCGUGGAGGAGGAGGACCCCUUCUUCAAGGUCCCUGUGAAUAAGCUGGCAGCGGCCAUCUCCAACUUUGGCUAUGAUCUGUACCGCGUGAGGUCCGGCCUCAGCCCCGCGGCCAACGUGCUGCUGUCCCCACUCAGCGUGGCCACCGCUCUCUCCGCGCUCUCGCUGGGAGCGGAACAGCGGACAGAAUCCACCAUUCACCGGGCUCUCUACUAUGACCUGAUCAGCAACCUGGACAUCCAUGGCACCUAUAAGGAGCUCCUUGCCUCUGUCACUGUCCCCGAGAAGAACUUCAAGAGUGCUUCCCGGAUCAUCUUUGAGAGGAAGUUGCGGAUAAAAUCCAGCUUUGUCGCCCCACUGGAGAAGUCCUAUGGCACCAGGCCCAGAAUCCUGACUGGCAACCCUCGCUUGGACCUUCAGGAGGUUAACAACUGGGUGCAGGCCCAGAUGAAAGGGAAAAUUGCUAGGUCCACCCAGGAAAUACCCAGUGGAGUCAGCAUUCUCCUCCUCGGUGUGGCUUACUUCAAGGGGCAGUGGGUAACAAAGUUCGACUCCAGAAAGACUUCCCUUCAGGAUUUCCACUUGGAUGAGGAGAGGACCGUGAGAGUCCCCAUGAUGUCAGACCCUAAGGCCAUCUUACGCUAUGGCCUGGACUCUGAUCUCAACUGCAAGAUUGCCCAGCUGCCCCUGACUGGCCGCAUGAGUAUCAUCUUUUUCCUGCCUCUGAAAGUAACCCAGAACUUGACCAUGAUAGAGGAGAGCCUCACCUCUGAGUUCAUUCAUGACAUCGACCGAGAACUGAAGACUAUUCAGGCGGUCCUGACCAUCCCCAAGCUGAAGCUGAGUUAUGAAGGCGAAGUCACUAAGUCCCUGCAGGAGAUGAAACUGCAAUCCUUGUUUGAUUCGCCAGACUUUAGCAAGAUCACAGGCAAACCUAUUAAACUUACCCAAGUGGAACAUCGAUCUGGCUUCGAGUGGAAUGAGGAUGGGGCGGGCACCAACCCCAGCCCAGGGCUCCAGCCUGCCCGCCUCACCUUUCCCCUGGACUAUCACCUCAACCAACCUUUCAUCUUUGUACUGAGAGACACAGACACAGGGGCCCUUCUCUUCAUAGGCAAAAUUCUGGACCCCAGGGGCAUUUAAUGCUCCAGUUUAAUGUUCAAAUAGCCUGGAAGAACAAAACCCUCGAGGGAUGGCAGAUUACAUUAUUACCUGAAGGCUGCCCCUACAAUGUUUCAGUGUAUACUUUGCAAUAAAAGUGCUUUAUCCUUAA